CCGGAAAUGUUUGUAAUCUGUAGCGAACAUGACUGGGAAGUUGGAGAAAAGGGAUCGUAGUCCACUUUGUAAAUAUUAUUGUAUUUGUUUUUAAAACAUGUAGUUUUCUGAAGUCGCCGUUAAUUUAGCAGAAUCUCAUAACAAACGUACUGCUUGCGGAAUGGGUAGGCACCACAUUUUAUCUGCGUCAACCAUUCUGACACUGAGCAUUUGUUUUGAAAUGUUUGCUCAGGACUAGUUCAUUGCACCCCUUUUGUUGUUUGUCAUUAUCAUUUUUUUGCGAAAUUUGAGGCAGGAUGUCUCAAAUUAUCGAUGACGAAACCACUCCUUUGCUUAGAGAUGAUCAUAGCAGUGACUGUCAAGAUGCAGUGUGCAAGAGUCGAUGGAGGUCAAUUCGAGUCAUGUACUUCACAAUGUUUCUCAGCAGUGUCGGUUUCACCAUUGUCAUAACAUCACUGUGGCCCUAUUUACAAAAAAUUGAUCCAAGCGCUGAUGCUAGUUUCCUUGGCUGGGUUGUAGCUGUCUAUAGCCUUGGUCAAAUGAUAGCCUCACCUCUUUUUGGUCUGUGGUCAAACCAUCGUCCACACCGGGAGCCACUGAUCUGCUCCAUUUCCAUCAAUCUUUUAGCUAACAUCUAUUAUGCUUACGUUAAUUUACCAAAGACAGCGAAUAAGUACCACAUGCUGAUAUCAAGAGCCUUUGUAGGUUUUGGAGCAGGUAAUGUUGCUGUGGCAAGGUCAUAUGUUUCUGGAGCUACGUCUCUGGAGGAAAGAACUGGUGCAAUGGCCAAUAUGAGCGCCUGCCAAGCUUUGGGUUUCAUCCUGGGUCCAGCUCUUCAGGCCUGUCUGUCCUUUAUUGGUGAGUGUGGCAUUACGCUCAAGUUCAUUGAACUUCAUCUUAAUAUGUACACGGCCCCUGCUAUUCUGGCUGCAGCUUUGGGUCUCAUCAAUAUUUUGCUGGUUUUGUUUAUACUGAAAGAGCAUCAUGUUGAUGAUGAUGGAAGAUAUAUUCAGCCAAGCAUCAACUAUACAGAUGAUAAUGUUGAAGAUAGUGUCGAAACAGAAGAAAGUGUUGACCAGGUGGCAGUGUUGACUUCAAAUGUUCUCUUUUUUAUAGUUAUGUUUAUCUUUGCUAUAUUUGAAACUAUUGCAACCCCUUUGUCUAUGGACAUGUUUGCAUGGACAAGAAAAGAAGCUGUGUUAUACAAUGGGAUCAUACUUUGCUGUAUUGGAUUUGAAUCCAUCCUGGUAUUUCUUGUUGUGAAACUGGUUUCUCAGAGGUUUGGUGAUCGCCCAGUAUUGUUAGCAGGCUUGGCUUUUAUAUUUUGUGGCUUUUUUUGCCUUCUUCCCUGGGGAAAUCAUUACCCUAAAAUACAGUGGGCAGAUAUUAAAAACAAUACACAGGUCAGUCAAAUGGUGUCUUUGGCUAACAGCACAGUGGAGCCAACUGGAUGCCCGUUUGUGCAGACCUGGUGCCAGUACACCCCAGCCAUAAACAUUGCUCAGUACAUUUUUUCUGAUUUCCUUAUUGGUGUGGGUUACCCAGCAUGUAAUGUCAUGUCUUACACACUCUACUCCAAACUUUUGGGACCAAGACCACAGGGUGUGUACAUGGGCUGGCUGACAGCUGCAGGCAGUGGAGCACGAACACUUGGUCCAGUCUUUGUGUCAAACAUCUACACUCACCUUGGACCCCGAUGGGCUUUCAGUCUGAUCUGUGGCAUGGUUAUCGGUGCCAUUGUCCUCCUCAUCUCAGUCUACAAAAGACUUAUUGCUUUCUCUGUUCGUCUUGGAAGGACUGGCUGACAAAUCAAAGAGUACUUUACUAUUUAAAGUUUUAAAUUACAAGUACAAGGAAUUUUUUAUGUUCAAAUGAUUUACUUUUAUCGGUUCCACUGAACUGUGAUUAAUCAGUGAUAGACCUGCUUUUACAAUAAAAUUUAACAACUGGUGAUACAUUAA